UCUUCCGUUGAAAACCAUGCACUGCCUGCAACGAAGCUAGUAGCUCACCAGUAGUUGGCCUAUCGCCACCACUACAGCCAUUAUAUUUAUACUCAUCGAGGAUUCGAAAGAUCAAUCGCUUCUUCGGUCCUUCCUUCCUUCCUACCAUGGCUCUUAGGAUCGUAAGGAGCUCCAUCAAUGCCUUCUUGGACGGUUACCAGUCGUUCACCUCCAUUGCUGCUCUGCUCGUCUUGCCGGCGUCGGCGUCCAUUCUGUUGUCGCAGGCGCUGGUUCCGUUCUCGGGGCCGGUCGUCAAAACGAUCUCUUUCCGCCUGUCGGCGCUGUUCCAGGCUGCGAUGUUCCCUGCUUCGGCGGAGUUCUUCGCCCUGCUCAACGUGAAGCUGGCGCAGACCGUGUUCUCCUUCUUGGCCACGCUGCCGAUCGUCCUUACUUUCCUCCUCGUCGCCAAAGCUUGCGUUGUCCUUGCUGUGUGUGGCGGCGGCGGGAGGAUUCGGAGGGGGACGCCGUCGCUAUCCACUGCCCUCCGCCUCUACCGAUCGAUCCUCCCCACCCACCUCUUCAACUCCUUCCUCCUCCUCUCCACCAACGCCACCGUCUUCGCCUUCCUGUUCCUAGUCUUCAACGUCGCCGACGUCCUCGGCCUCGCCACCAGCACUGCCCUCCUCCUCCUCCUCUCUGCCGCCGGCGCCGUCCUAUACUCCGUCGUGAUUGCCAACGCGACCGUGAUCUGCAAUCUGGCCCUCGUCGUUGCCGCCGUGGAUGACUGCGGCGGGCUGCUCCCGGCGCUCAAGGCGUUCUUUUUAGUGAGGGGGCGUGCGUCGACCGCGCUGGGAUUGGCUUUGCCGGCCAACCUCGGAAUGGCUGCCGUGGAGGCUCUGUUUCAGUACAGAGUGGUCCGGCAAUACAACAUUUCAGGGGAAUUAAGUUCGUCUCUGCUGUGGGAGGCUUUCUCCAUUGCUUACCUCCACGCAUCGCUGCUGAUCCUCGAGGUCAUCAUGAACUGCAAGUUCUACGAAGUUUGUACAGUCGAGAAUAAACACGAGCAUGAGCGUCAUCAAGGAGAACUGGAGCUAAAGGAGAAGGCUUCACUAUUUGUUUAAAUUAUGAUCAAUAAAUUCGUCAAUUGAGAUCGAAUUUGUCAUAGCGAGGGAGGGAGAGAGUUCAUCAUCCAAAUUAAUACAUUGGAUUUGUACAUGUGAACGAACAUAAAAUAUUUCCUGUGAAUUUCAAUUCUAAUUU